CGAGCUAGCGAGAUCCUAUUUGCCUGUUCGAGCAUUCAUCUCCAUAUUUCCGUGAAGUGCACGUGUAGAAUAACUUAAUUCGCCUUUUCACUCCUAAACAAUGUGAUUUUUAAAAUAUUUUGGCAAAGUCUACAAAACUUUGUCCACUCUGUUAAAAACAGAUUUUAGUUUUGGGAACAGAAAACUGUAUUGAGAUCAAAUGUUUCAUCGAUGAGAAAAUUUGCAGAAUGUCGUCCAAAAUCAAUCUCCUUCCAUCUUCUCCCACUGCUGGCCACUGGGCUUCUUCUCAAUGCUAAAUUUGGUAGUGAACGGAAACGCCACGCGGAUGCUUGGUAAAAUAUCUAUCUCGUUGAUCUAUCUGUGACAUACGCGUUACAGAAGCGGUAAAAUGAAAACGGCUGCCAUCAGGAAAUAGAUCUCGGGAGCCGGACCGGCUAAAUUGAGAACAGCGCGACGCACAAAGUAAUUUAUCCAGCGACAUGGAAGACACCUGCAUGUUCUGUAUGAUUGCUAAAAACCAAGACAAGGACACGGAAAUUGUUAAACAGGAUUCUGAACUAGUCUGCUUUCGGGACAUUAACCCCGCUGCCCCACAUCACUACCUGGUUGUGCCAAAAAAACAUAUAGUGAGCUGCUUUUCUCUCUUUCAGGAGCACGUAAAGCUAGUUGAGAGGAUGGCUGAGAUGGGGAGGGCUGUGUUGCAGGAAAAUGGCAUUACCAAUCCAAAUGACAUCAGGAUGGGGUUCCACAGACCUCCAUAUAUCUCUGUACCUCACCUCCACCUCCAUGUCCUCGCCCCGACAAGUGAGAUCACUGAUGACAUGGCACACAAGUUCACACCAGGCACAUGGAGGUUCGCCACAGAGGAUUUAUUGCGCAGGACCCUGGUCAGUGGAGUGGAUCCAGAUCAUUAUCUGAUGCUUACAUGCAUCAGUGGGAGAGGGCUCUCUGAAUGAGGUGCAGCCUGUCUGCGGGGUCAGAGAUGGGAGAAUUUAGCGAAAAGGGCUAAAACCUUUUUUAAUGGAUACAUUUAGUUAUUUAAGGUCUUAAACUCACAAUUAUGAAAACAUAGUAUAAAAGAAUAUCAAUACAGAAUAUCAAUACAUUUGUAUAUUAAGACAUCUGCUCCAUUUAUUUUUUUACUCUGAAGUUCACUAAAUAAUUAAUAAACCUGAUCAGUUCACUUCAUAAUAAAUACUGUGUU